AUGAAUACAAAUCCUAAAGAAAAAAUUCAAGAAACACAAUUAACAUCAAAAGAAAAACGUGCUAUUUAUAUGUCUCAAUUACGUGGUUCAAUUGAUUCUGAAUAUCGUCGUAUUGAACGUGAAAAUAAUGCACGUGCUAUGCGUAAAAAACGUUUAGAAAAUCCAUUAUAUCGUGAACAUGAACGUCGUCAAAAUCGUACACAUAUGGCUGAAAUGCGUCGUAAAAAUUCUGAAUAUAGACAACAAGAACACAUUAAAAAUCGUCAUCGUAUGGCAUUAAAACGUAGUUUACAUUCACAAACUUCAUUAAAAAUUGAUAAUAUAAAUCAAUCAACAUCUAAUAAUGAUAAUAAUAAUAAUAAUAUGAUCAAUUCAAUUUAUCAAACAUUAGAAAAUAAUUUACAAUCUUCACAUAUAUCAUUUAUACCAUAUCAAACAAAUUUUAAUUGUUAUCAACAACUAUUAAAUAAUACUAAACAACAUACUGAAUAUGAACUUUUGCAACAAAUAGAUGAAUAUUGCCGUCAACAAGAUACUAGAUCAAGUUCAGAUAGUAAUAGUCGUAGUGCUGAUUCAACACCAUCUUACUAA